GUUUUGGAGCUCGCAGCGAAACAGUUUAUAUUUCCGCACUCCAGGAUUCCACUUGGCAGAGAGUCGCCGCGCAGCCAAUUAGCCAGUUAGCCCGAUCCGCGAGAAUAUCGAUAUUUAACCGGGCCACAGCAGCACUGCCAACAAAACCAAAUACAACAACUCGAGUGUGCGCCCUGAACUAACUAAAAAAAAGUAAAGCUGUCGUGUGUUUUGCACAUUUAACUAUUUGUUAGCCAAAUAAAGUAGCAAUCGAAUUUCGCGAACGAAAGUGCCGCAAUUAGUGGUUAUAUAAAUGUAAGCCAAACAACGCGUCGUGCAAGAAACUAUGUGGAUUUGUUCGCAGAAAGUUGACAAACUGAGAAGAACUAGUUAGCGACCACAACGACCGCUCCAACUGGAAACCGCACUCCGCCAAAAGAGAUCCUCAUUAGCAUUUCUUUUGUGGAUUAAGGCGCGUGUCAACUAUUUGUCACCGAUCUCCAAGCAAACGAUCGAUUCCUCGUCGAAAAGCAAGCCAGCCAAGAUUGGCCAGAUCUGGACGGGAUUCGGACGUGCCGCAGCCAUGAUAGGACGUUUGUUUCGCGCCCACGGCGAGUUCUGCGCCUCGCAUCCCUGGGAGGUCAUCGUGGCCCUGCUGACCAUUACGGCAUGCAUGCUCACGGUGGACAAGAACAAUACCCUGGAUGCGAGCAGCGGAUUGGGCACAGCCACCGCCUCAGCUGCCGCCGCCGGAGGAUCCGGAUCUGGAGCUGGAUCUGGAGCAAGUGGAACAAUACCACCAUCGUCUAUGGGUGGCUCGGCCACCUCCAGCCGGCACAGGCCCUGUCACGGUUGGAGCCAAUCCUGUGAUGGCCUAGAGGCCGAAUACAAUGCAGCCGACGUAAUCCUGAUGACCAUCGUCCGCUGCACUGCCGUACUGUACUGCUACUACCAGUUCUGCAGCCUCCACCGCCUGGGAUCCAAAUAUGUGCUGGGCAUUGCCGGCCUCUUCACGGUCUUCUCCAGCUUCAUCUUCACGACGGCCAUCAUCAAGUUCCUGGGCAGCGACAUCUCCGAACUGAAGGACGCCCUGUUCUUCCUGCUGCUGGUCAUUGAUCUGUCCAACUCUGGCCGCCUGGCGCAGCUGGCGCUAUCGGGCAGUAACCAAGCGGAGGUGACGCAGAACAUUGCAAGGGGACUGGAGCUCCUGGGACCAGCCAUCUCCCUGGACACAAUUGUGGAGGUGCUGCUGGUGGGCGUUGGCACACUGUCGGGUGUACAGCGUCUGGAGGUACUGUGCAUGUUUGCCGUGCUCUCGGUGCUGGUUAACUAUGUGGUCUUUAUGACCUUUUAUCCCGCCUGCCUUUCGCUAAUCUUCGAUCUAUCACGCUCCGGCGUUGAUAUGUCUGUGGUGCGUGAAAAAGCGAAGGGCUCGCUGCUCCUCAAGUCGCUAACAGAGGAGGAGCAGAAGGCCAAUCCAGUGCUGCAGCGUGUUAAGCUUAUCAUGACCACAGGCCUGAUGGCGGUGCACAUUUAUAGCCGGGUGGCUUUCUCCGGCAGCGACUACGAUGCCGUGGACAAGACGCUGACGCCCACGCUAAGCCUGAAUGUGAGCAAUAAUCGCACGGAAUCGGGUGAAAUCGCCGACAUUAUCAUCAAAUGGCUGACCAUGAGUGCCGAUCACAUAGUAAUCUCAAUUGUUCUCAUCGCCUUGGUAGUUAAAUUUAUUUGCUUUGACAAUCGUGAUCCUCUGCCGGAUCAGUUGCGUCAAUCAGGUCCAGUUGCCAUCGCCGCCAAGGCUUCACAAACCACACCAAUUGAUGAAGAGCACGUUGAACAGGAAAAGGAUACAGAAAAUUCAGCUGCAGUCCGCACACUAUUAUUUACCAUUGAAGAUCAGAGUUCAGCAAAUGCUUCAACUCAGACGGAUCUGCUGCCACUGCGCCACCGACUGGUGGGUCCCAUAAAGCCUCCACGCCCAGUUCAGGAAUGCCUUGACAUCCUUAACUCCACUGAAGAGGGCAGUGGACCAGCGGCCUUGAGUGACGAGGAGAUUGUGUCUAUUGUCCAUGCCGGUGGCACUCACUGCCCACUCCACAAAAUAGAAUCUGUACUAGAUGAUCCCGAGAGGGGAGUGCGAAUCCGCCGACAGAUCAUUGGCAGUCGUGCCAAGAUGCCGGUUGGUCGACUGGAUGUCUUGCCUUAUGAACACUUUGACUACCGCAAAGUGCUGAACGCCUGCUGUGAGAACGUUCUGGGCUACGUUCCCAUUCCCGUUGGCUACGCAGGACCCCUGCUGUUAGACGGAGAGACCUACUACGUGCCCAUGGCAACCACCGAGGGUGCUUUGGUUGCAUCCACGAAUCGUGGCUGCAAAGCGCUCUCCGUUCGUGGUGUUAGAUCUGUCGUGGAGGACGUGGGCAUGACCCGUGCUCCGUGUGUAAGAUUCCCCAGCGUUGCCCGCGCGGCCGAAGCAAAAUCUUGGAUCGAAAACGACGAAAACUACCGGGUGGUGAAAACUGAAUUCGAUUCUACAUCGCGCUUUGGCCGUCUCAAGGACUGCCACAUUGCCAUGGAUGGACCACAGCUGUAUAUUCGUUUUGUGGCCAUUACCGGCGACGCCAUGGGCAUGAACAUGGUGUCCAAGGGCGCUGAGAUGGCCCUGCGCCGAAUUCAGCUUCAGUUUCCCGACAUGCAGAUCAUCUCGCUGAGUGGAAACUUCUGCUGCGACAAGAAACCGGCGGCCAUCAACUGGAUUAAGGGACGUGGCAAGCGGGUGGUCACCGAGUGUACCAUUUCGGCAGCCACACUGCGUUCCGUGCUGAAGACAGAUGCCAAGACACUGGUCGAAUGUAACAAGCUGAAGAAUAUGGGAGGCAGCGCGAUGGCCGGUAGCAUUGGUGGCAACAAUGCUCAUGCCGCCAAUAUGGUGACUGCCGUCUUUUUGGCCACGGGGCAGGAUCCCGCCCAGAAUGUCACCUCGAGUAAUUGCUCCACUGCCAUGGAGUGCUGGGCGGAGAACAGCGAGGAUCUUUACAUGACCUGCACAAUGCCUUCGCUGGAGGUGGGAACUGUGGGCGGCGGAACCGGGUUGCCCGGCCAGAGCGCAUGCCUGGAAAUGCUCGGAGUCCGCGGAGCUCACGCCACGCGGCCAGGAGACAACGCCAAGAAGCUGGCACAGAUCGUCUGCGCCACGGUUAUGGCCGGCGAAUUGAGCCUGAUGGCGGCGUUGGUCAAUAGCGAUCUAGUCAAGAGUCAUAUGCGGCACAAUCGAUCCUCCAUCGCAGUGAACAGCGCCAACAAUCCUCUCAACGUGACCGUGUCCAGCUGCAGCACCAUCAGCUAAGAUUGGGCGCUGCAGGGGCGCCGACUUCUACCCUUUUGUACAUAGAGUCUCUUUGAACGUGCAGGCCAGGCGUUGCAACUCAUUUCUUUAGGUGUUACCUUGUAGUUGAAUGUUUCACAAAUUGCUUGAUAGAUAUCCUGAUUGGCCUGGCCAGGGUACCGUACAGCCAGCGUCCUCCACAUCGGCAAAUCGCUCCAAGCCAAUGCUGAGGGCAUAGGAUGGGUUGAUAUUCGAUAUCCACUCCUGCUGCUACUUCCACUUAGAUUGUACUUUUCGUCGUAACGCUAUUUUUUUCUACCAAUACAUAACUGAAUACUGAGUGAUGAUCCGCUGGAAUCCACACCAGAUGCCAGUCAGUGGAGCUAUGACCAGGACUAGUGCAAGCGCUGAACUUGUAAAAAUUAUUUCCUAAGCGAAAAGUAGUACAUAGGGUUUGUAUAGUGAUUAAAUUAAAACUUUUAAUUAGAGCGUGUACGAUCGAUAUCGAUAUCUU